AGUCUCUCUCCCUCUCUCCAAAAAAUCGAAUCUUUUGUAGAUUGAAAGACAGAAAGAAAGAAAAAGACCAACUUCUGAUUAAUUUCAUGCAAAACUAAAAAUUCCCUGCUUUGGGUUUUCAUUUUUAUACAAGAAUUUACCAAAAAGAUUCAUACUUUUUCAUUUUUGGGAUUGGAUUUGAUAUGGUUUUUGUGAUAUAGAAACUCUUUUUGUAAAAAAAAAAGAAUGAAAGAAGAUGAAUCAAAUUGGUUUUCAAGAUGGGAACAAGAAUUGCCAUCUCCACAAGACCUUAUGCCUUUAUCUCAAACACUAAUUACACCUGAUCUUGCACUUGCUUUCAAUAUCCAAAAUAUCCAAAAUAACAAUAAUAAUAAUAAUAAUAAUAAUAAUAAUAAUAAUAAUAAUAAUAAUAAUAAUAAUAAUAAUAAUAAUAAUAAUAAUAAUAAUAAUAAUGGCCCAUUUCAGAACAAUAAUUUUCAGCCACAGAAUAAUAAUCUUAGCCCACAAAACACACAGCCCAUUUCAAAUUCAGGGGGUGAUUAUGAAUCAACUGAAAUGACUGCAAAUAAUAGUACUAAUGGUGGUAGUGGUGGUGAUGAGCCUGCAAGAACAUUAAAAAGGCCAAGACUUGUGUGGACCCCACAACUGCAUAAAAGAUUUGUAGAUGCUGUGGCCCAUUUGGGUAUCAAGAAUGCUGUACCUAAAACAAUAAUGCAACUUAUGAGUGUUGAUGGUUUGACUAGAGAGAAUGUUGCUAGUCAUUUGCAAAAGUAUAGACUUUAUUUGAAAAGAAUGCAGGGUGGUUUGUCUUCUGGUGGAUCCGGGUCGGGUGGUGACCCGGCUACUGAUCAUUUGUUUGCUAGUUCGCCGGUCCCGGCACAUUUCUUGCAUCCGGGUCGGGCCAACUCUGAGCAUUAUAUGCCGUAUGUACCUGUUGCUGCUGCUCUGCAACAACAGCAACAGAUGGCUGCUGCAGCAGCAGGACAUCAUCAUGGCCAAAUGCUGCAGCAGCAACAGCAGACAAGAUAUGGGCAAAUUGGUCAUUUUGGGUCACCAAGAAAUGGGCAGUUUGAGCAACAUCCUUUUUUGAAUAGACAAAAUCAGCAGCAACCGGUCCAACGAGUUGGGGCACCGGUGAAUAGUUCGGUUGUGGCAUCAUCUUAUGUUGAUGAUCUUGAAUCAGCAAAUGGUAGAAAGGUUUUGACUUUGUUUCCAACUGGAGAUGCUUGAUUGAAUUUUGGGGUGAUGGUGAAAGAACAUGCUGAUGUAUUGAGCUCAAGCAUGAGGACCGACAACAACAGAGGAUCAGUGAGUAUGCUCACAGUUACUACAAAAACACUAUGUGUGUAUUGGCAAUGGUACAUUUCAUACUGAAAUUGCUUGGUAAAUUAUGUUUCUAUUCUGUAAAACCUUCUACCCAAUAUAUUGUCUAGUGUAGAUGUGUAGAGAUUAAGAUAAGUUCUGGUUUGUUGUAAAUUGUGGGUUCUGAUAAACUUCAAAACUUGUUAUAUUGGCGGGAUCAUUUCAGGAGAUGAUAAACAUUACUCUAGUUCCACAAUUCAUGAUCUAUUGCUCUAAUCGAUAACCUUUUUAGAUCUUA